AUGGAGGAUCCGCCAGCGCAACAAGUAGAUAUAGACGACGAAAAUAUUCAAGAUAGCACCGUUAGUAGUAACUCUAUUCUUUCCAUCGAAACAGUUUACGUAAAAGACGAAUUUGACGACGAAGAAUUCAACAAUAAUAUCGAAGUUCAAUCCGAUGAUGACAUUUUCGACCCUACUGCGCGAGAUCAUGUAAACCAAAAUAUAAAUCUGCGCGCAGACAUCCAAAUGAUUCAGUACCCUGAUCCUAACAUACGAGUAAGGAACGAAGCUUUACAAUUUGAUGACAACGCACUGAAUCUCGUAAAAAUAAAAAAAUCGGAAACGGUUGUGGAGAAAUCCGAAGCGACAUCUACUUGUAAUUUGCCGGAGAACUUUCGAUUUACCGGGAACAAUCAAUUGAUGCAUUUUAUAUCGGCGCCUUUGCGAAGCGAAGACACUAUGCCUAUUGACAUGUUAGCUGUCAAUAAUGCUUACGAACAGAACAUACCCAUUAAUAUUCAAAAUACACCGCCUGUAGUUCCUCCCGUUGAUCAAGAAAUACAGCAAAAUCUUAACAGACCAAGUACAUCGAGGCAAAAUUUAUAUCCUUUUUUGCCAAAUGAAAGAAAUCCUAUUGAAAUAGCGGAGCUCAGUAACCGUAUAGAAAUGAAGAUAAGCGAUCAGGUUCUGGGUCCAAGAAGCCAAGAAGGUAGUUUCGAUGACUCAGACGCCGAGUUCCAACCAUCUGUAGACCCAGAUCCACUCACAGCCAAUGCCACAGUUGAUGAAAAUGUGCAACAAUAUAUCUGCGACAUUUGUCAAGUGCUGUUUUCAAAACGCUGCUGUCUGAUUACACAUAUUUUCAACAUCCACAACGAAGGUCCUUCCGGUAGUGCUGUAAAAUCAUGCUGCUGCGAAAAAGACAAAAAGUAUGAAUGUGACAUAUGUCACAAAUUAUUCCUCCACAAGGAUAAUUUGAAAAAACACCUCCAUGAACAUGGCCCAAUAAAAACCUUAACAUGCCAUGUUUGUUUCAAAAUAUUCAAAAUAAAAGCUUCUUUUAUGCGACAUUUGAACAAUCACAAUAAAAUUCACAACUGUAACCAAUGCAAAAAGAAAUUUCGUGAAAUAAGCCGUUUAAGACUGCAUAUUCAGCGUAAACAUUUGUUUGCGGUUUCGCAUAAAUGUGAUAUUUGUCACAAAAUAUUCAAACAAUCGUGCCAUUUAAAGGACCACAAAUUGGCGCAUAAGAAAGUGAAGAAAAUCAAAUGUAAUGUUUGUCAAGCAGAAUUCAGGACGAAAGCGAAGUUCCAUAUGCAUCAAAAAAUGCAUGAUGGUAAAAAACCGUCCCACUGUGAGAAAUGUAACGAGCAAUUCAGCCAUGACUCUCACUAUUUAAACCAUUUGCGUGUGUGCUGUGGCACCAAGGCUUUUAAAUGCGAAAUUUGUAAAAAAAACUUCGAACAGAAAUCUGCACUGAAUCGUCACUUGCGUAUACACAAAAAUGAGAAACCACGCCAUCGCGAAACAUGCCCAAGCACAAGAAGGUUCAAACAAAAAGAUCAACAGAAAAAGAAAUAUUGAAUCAUUCGUUCAAAAAUAACUGAAAGCAGCAAGAAAUGAAAAGAUACACAAGGCAUCGUGUAUAAUAAAACAAGAUUUAAGCUACGCCGUUAUGCCAAUAGCACAAUUAAUAUAUUCUUCAACAAAGAGUAUAUUUUAACCAGGUCAGCGCAGAGCGCAUAUUUAGACCGAAACGUUUCGACUGCUUCCAUCUCCUGCUACAGGUAAAUAUAGUAUUUGCGAGAUGGUUUUAAUGAUGUUAAUAUAUUUAUUACAGAUAUUGUCUACGAGUUUUUGAAAUCGUACAAUUAAAGUAAAUACGUAAUUGUGUAUUUAAUGUUAUGGUAUUAUUAAAAGUAGUCAUUGAAAAAGCUAGACAAGAGAUCAUUGAGGUUGAAUAGCAGGUUAUUAUAUUUAUUGCAGGUUUGUGUACUUUUUCACAGCCUAUGCCUGUGUGAGAGAAAGAGAGAUAAGAUAAAAAGAUGUUGUUUUACCAAUGAUAUAUUA